AUGGAACCUCCCCCCCCACCACCCGUAACGACCGCCGGCGACCUCGUCGAAGCCGCCAAGCGAGCCGCAGGCCGCAAGGCCGUCGAAGAACACCUCCUGCCGUCCUACACACACAUUGGAAUCGGGUCAGGUUCCACCAUCAAAUAUGUCGUCGAGGCAAUUGCGGAGCUACCCCACGACGUCUUAUCCAAGAUGAAGUUCGUGCCUACCGGGAUCCAGUCUCGCGACCUGAUCCGAACCGCUAAGUUGCCUCUGCUUGCCAUCGAGGACCUCAUAUUGGAGAAGGAGUACAACCAGGUGCAGCAGUACUUGGACGUGUCCUUCGACGGUGCGGAUGAGGUAGACCCGGAGAUGAACUGCAUUAAGGGUGGUGGCGCUUGUCACUACCAGGAAAAGUUGGUUGCACUGUCGAGCAAGAAGUUCAUCUGCGUUGCUGAUUACCGCAAGAGAGUUGACCGUCUGCUCACAAACUGGGUGGGCGUGCCAAUCGAGGUCCAGCCGCUAGCCACGGAGAGAGUGCGCCGUGAACUCAUCAGCAUUGGAAGUCGCAAGCCCUUCAUAAGGUCGGGACUGCCCGGUAAGGCCGGCCACGUUGUCACCGACAACGGUAACCAUGUCAUUGAUGCGCCAUUCCCGCCAUUAUUGCUCAACAGCGAGGCCCACAAGGCCGACGCAAAUAAAGGAAUAUGGUCAGUCGAUAUGCUAAACGCAAGACUGAAGAGUAUAGAAGGUGUGCUUGCCGUAGGUCUCUUCUCAGGGUUGAACGGGCCUAAGGCGUUGGAGGAGAACAAAGGCAAGGGUGGCGAGAAGCCAGUUAUGGUUUACUUUGGUAUGGCCGAUGGAACGGUUCAGACGAUGCAAUAG